UAAAAAUUUUAUUCCGAUUGAUUAAAAAUUGAUGAUUUUUUAAAAAGAAUUAUAAUUCAGUUCUUCACUUGUUUAUUUAUUUAGUCAUUUUUUCUGAUAGCUUUUAUAUAAUGUGCAAGAUCACUAAUAAUAAUAGUAUUUUUAAUACUUUUUUAAUAUUAUGGAAAUUUAAUUAAAAGUUUAAUGAAUAAUAUAUAUUUUAAAAAAUGUACAAAUUAAAUAUUAAAUUAUUUCUUUAAAAAUCUUUCUCUUUCUUUUUUUAAUAUUAGAAAUAUUUUAAAAAUUAAUAAUAAAAAUCAAAUAUAAUAGAAUAAACUAUAGAUAAGAAUAAAUAUAAGAGAAUAGUCAUUUAUAUAAACAUAUUUUUGCAUUAUAAUUAAUAGGCAUAAUUUUGAAAUGAAACAAAAUAAUUAACUUCAUAGUUUUAAGAAACGCUUAAACAAACUUAUUCAUGUUUCCUGUUAAUUGACGUCUUUCCCCCUUUUUAAUGUUACCACUGAAAUAAUCAAUUUCAUUUAUAUAAUUAUGAAACACUCCGAUCAAUGAUGUUCUCGUUUACAAAAUACGAAUUUCUAUAUCAAAUUUGUUGAGAUUAGAAUUUUUUAUUUAUUUUUUUUUUCUAUCAAAUUUUAUCAAAGUAAACUUUACUAGCUAUUUUCAAACAAUCCACUUUUGAGAAUAGUGUAUUUAUAUAGAGAACGCUAAUAAACGUUACAUAAUCUUUUAUUAGACGUCUCUUUUAUUAAACACAUCUAAGAUACGUUUUUAGCAAAUCUAUGAUAAAAUAAAUAUUGACAAGAUAAAUUGAUUUAUUCUUCGGAUUUUGUGUUUAUAUAAAUGUGUACAAUUUAAAAUGUAAUAAUUUAAAAUGAUAUAAUCCAAACAAAAUGGACUCCAUUAUUUUGCCAAAAGUAUCUACUCAUCUUUAACAUUACAAAAAUAAAUCUGAAAUCCAUCAUUUUGACUAGUUUGGUAAUAGAUCUAGUGGUAAGAAUAAUAUUCUUUAAGAUCAUAAUACUAUUUCUUCUAACCUAAUCAUUUAUCUUUGAAAAUCACUAUUUUUUCAAUUUUGAUAUUUAAAAUUAUAAUUAACAAGUACAAUACUUCACAUUUAAAUAAAAUUAACUUUCUAAAAUAAUCUUUUCAUUUAUAGAAAUAAAAUUCAUUGAAAAAUUAAUAUUUCUUUUUUUUCUAACUUAAUCUUCAUAUAUCACAAUAUUUUUAAUUCUAAUCAAAAUUUAAAAAGUCAACUAAUAUAAAAUAACGUUCCGUUCGAUUAAAAAUAUACAUUUUUCAACAAUUUAUAAAAUAGAUCUCAAGAUAUUUUUGCAAAUUUUGCAAAUGGAAAGUAUCUUUCGACGAGUACAUUGCGGAGACCGAAAUGAAGCAACAUAGACGGCGCAGGAUGUAAGUGCGGUGAAAAUUCUAUUUUCAGAAUAUCUCGCCACGAAUUCCUCGGAAUAUCUUUAAACCAUAGCAUUUCUGACUCUCAAUAAAAAUAAUUCUAUAGAUUCACGAUGACUUUAAUAUCUUUCCACUUGCACGAGGUAAAAUGUCAGAUCGCUUGCGAUUGUUUCCACUUGACUCGUACGAGAUUAAAUUUAGACCCAAAUAUCUCAUAUUUUUUUUUAUAGAAAUUCGAUACACGGUAAUCAUUCUUAUGAUUAAACUUGUGCACGUACAAAAUGUAUCAAUCGAAUUCUUAUUUUUACAAUUUUAAAAUUUUUUUUCUUUCGUGACCAUCACAUUUUAUAUGUGAUGACUUAUUUUAUAAUAAUACGAAUUGAAGUGUCUAAUCGUACAAGAAGAAAAGAAGAAAAAGGAAGUUUGUAUCAUUAUUCAUAAUCAAAGAAAAAUUAACGUUACUUAUGCUUAAGUGAAUAAAACGAGAGAUCCUAUGGAGUGGAGUAUCAUGGAUAAUAUUGAGUCCAUUUGCAAAGUGCCAUUUGCAAUUGUUCCAUUUGCAAUAACAGGAACAUUGAUACUAUUCACAACUAAACGAACUAAGUGCUCGUGUAAAGGGUGCUACCAUUAUACUUGCUAUCAUUUCAUGAAGAUACUCAAUACGACUAUCUAUAUAAUUUCCUUUUUUUCUUACAUAAAAAUACAGAUAUAUAAAUUGCUAUAGAAAAAAAUUCAUACCCCUAUAAUCGGAACUAAUGAAAAGAAACUAUCCUAUUUUUCUAAAAAUUUAUAUACAAUAAUGAAACGUAACAUUGGACAGCAAAGAAAUCUUGAAUAAACAUAUUAACACGUUUUCUUUGCCAAAAAAUUCCGCCAUAAUCCGUCUUUGCAUAACUGACUUAGAUUUUUAUGAGACGUGACACAUAUUUCUUUUACAUCGUGUCACGGGAUCGGUAUUCGGGAAAAUAUUCAUCCAAAGAAAUUUCGUUUCGCGAAUUUUUAUGCGACAUUCGUACUUUCGUCGAAAAUAGGAGGCGAUAGAUAAUAACACGUCAAAUUUCACGACAUUUGAAUGCAUCAACAAAUUGAGCGGCGCCUCCGCCAAUUUUAAACGGGCGCGAAAUUAUGAAAUGGAAUUAUUCAGUUUAUAAUUUAUAGUUUCUAUCUAUACCUUCAGCUCAUAUUUCUCAAUAUGAAACGUAUAUCUAAACACGUCGCAUUCACAGAAAUACAAGCUCAUUAUUUCAUUUGAAUGCGAUUUAUAAAUGUAAAUUUCAUCACCGGCUACUAUUAUUGUAAGAAAUUAUUAUUCAUUGGUCCAUCUUAUCCAGAUAUAUAACAUUUCUUAAAUAUAUAUACAUAUCAAUUAUCAAUCAAAUAAAAUUCACGGCAACAAUUUGUAAUUUAUACCAACCGGUGGUAUAGAUAUAUUGAUCUGAAAAUACACGUGGCAGAUGCAUAACGGAUCAUUAUCGUACACGUCUCUCUAGAGGAUAGAUAUAAAAAUUCAAAAAUUUUAAACUCCCCUAAUUAAAAUUCCGAUGUUGUUAAUCAUCGUGAGGAUACACCGAACAUAUUAUAUUUCCCUCCGUUGGAAAAUCCGCCAAUCGGAUCAAACUAGAAGGAAAAAAGGAUCGAUAAUUAUCGGCGGAAACCCACUGUUUCCAAUUAGAGUAGUCUUUUUAUACAGUGGCCGAGGUGAACGCAGAUGUGACGCGGAUGCGUUUAUCAAUCGCAUAGUUCAAACAGAGCUUCUAUUAAGCUUGGUUAGCGGUCAGGCACAAAGAGUGAAACACAGAGGUAGAACGAGACAAGCUGCUCACGUGAAACUGCCACGUCUAUUUGCUCUUCCUAUUUUCGUAGCCGUUUGGUAUAUAAAGAGCCCGUCCUCGGGACAUUGCCGAAAGAUUUGGCAGCGAUCCGCGGUUUUCUGCGCCGCGGCACUUGCUGCGCCGUAGAUAGAGUCGCUAGAGAAGACGAACGCGAGCAUAGUUUACCGGGAGGAAUCGUGCCGGAUGUGUUGCGUCCGCCGUGCUUGCCGUCGUCCAUCCUUUAGAUAGAUCUCCCUCCCUUCCGAGCUUUCUUUCCUACCACCAACUGGAAUAAUGGAGAAUCGCGCCUCUCGUGAUGUUUCCGCGAUUCCGUCCAAUUGUCGCCGAAGAGGGGAAGGAUCGGUUUAGAAAGAUCGACCUGUGAAUCGGUUGAAUUGAAUUGAAUUGAAUUCGCUCGAAACUGAAACCCACGUGCUCUGGGCCGGCGAGUCUUUUCGGCGAGUGGUGGCUCCUUCCCCCUCGUGAUCCUGAUCGGACGUAAUAAUAACGGUUGCCAGCUACUCGGGCCGAAGAAUUGGAUCUCGCUCGAGACGACGCGCGAUACACAUAUUUGGCGCUAAUGGAAGAUAAAUAAAACACGUGGUGAUACGUGGCAAUAUAAUAAUAAUAAAGGAAAGGAUCUUUGGAAAAUAGGGGGGAGAGAGAGAGAGGGAAAGUGUGUGGGGUGGUAUUCGAAAAUUGGUAAACGGGAGGAAUGGUGGAGGAGGCACGUUGAUUAGACAUAAUGGGAAAUACGGACAGCGUCCACGACGUGGAGAUGAACUCCUUGUCCAAUGCAGACAAUGAUCGUCCUUACAUCAAGAGAACACCAAUGCGCCCAAUGAUAGCGGAAUACGACCCAAAGAAGCACGGUGUGAAAACAGAACUGUCAGACACGGUUCUAGUCAAAUACAAGUGCGAGAAAAAUGACAUACCUAUUACCGUCACGAACGGUUCGACGUUACCACUUGUGGAACGACCAAACGAUGAGGAAGCGGCCCUUUACAAUCCGUUUGAGCAUAGAAAGUUAGCACAUCCCACAUCGGAUUUAGACACACUGAUUCAUCUACUGAAAGGAAGCUUGGGAACUGGGAUCUUAGCUAUGCCAAUGGCCUUCCGGAAUGCUGGUCUUCUGUUUGGCUUAUUCGCUACGUUCUUCAUUGGAGCAGUUUGCACUUAUUGCGUGCAUAUUUUGGUUAAAUGUGCACAUAACCUAUGCAGGCGGACUCAAACACCGAGCCUAGGGUUCGCUGAUGUCGCAGAAGCGGCAUUUCUUGUCGGUCCUGAACCUGUACAGAAAUACGCUAGAUUAGCAAAAGCGACGAUCAAUUCGUUCUUAGUGAUCGACUUAAUAGGCUGCUGCUGCGUGUAUAUUGUUUUCAUCUCGACCAAUGUAAAAGGGGUAGUUGAUUAUUAUACGGAAACCGACCGAGAUAUCCGAUUUUAUAUGGCGGCAUUGUUACCUUUCUUAAUCAUAUUCUCUCUCGUGAGAAACUUGAAAUAUCUGGCGCCAUUUUCCAUGCUUGCAAAUGUUCUGAUCGCCACUGGAAUGGGGAUCACGUUCUACUAUAUUUUCAGCGAUUUACCAAGCAUAAAGGAUGUACCAAACUUCUCGAGCUGGUCUCAAUUACCUCUCUUCUUUGGCACGGCUAUUUUCGCUCUCGAAGGCAUUGGUGUAGUAAUGCCUCUCGAGAACAACAUGAAGACACCAACGCACUUCAUCGGUUGUCCAGGAGUUCUGAACACUGGCAUGUUCUUCGUAGUAUUAUUAUACAGCACCGUAGGUUUCUUCGGCUACUGGCGAUACGGCGAGGACACGAAAGCCUCCAUCACCCUGAACCCAGAGCAGAGCGACAUCCUUGCCCAGUCCGCCAAAUUGAUGAUCGCGGUGGCCAUCUUCCUCACUUAUGGACUUCAAUUUUACGUACCCAUGGAAAUCAUCUGGAAAAAUGUUAAACAAUAUUUUGGCUCGAGAAAACUCUUAGCUGAAUACAUAAUCCGUAUCAUCAUGGUGAUUUUCACCGUCACUGUUGCAAUUGCUAUCCCAAAUCUAGGGCCCUUCAUUUCCUUAGUAGGCGCUGUGUGCCUGUCCACUCUGGGCUUGAUGUUCCCAUCGGUAAUCGAAUUGGUCACCGUGUGGGAUCAGGAAAACGGAUUGGGGGCGUGUUACUGGAAGCUCUGGAAGAACCUGGCUAUCAUCUCGUUCGGCGUACUGGGUUUUCUCACCGGUACCUACGUGAGCAUCCAGGAGAUUCUCGAUGAGAAUAAAUGAAGCGCCGGGUUCGAAGGAGCUGCGGUGCGACGGAAUAAUCGCUCAGCGCGUACCAUAGAUGCCGGCGUGUCGUUGGACACCUUCCGCGCUCUCGUCGAGCGGAUUCGUCGUACCAGAGGGGCGACGAUCACGACCACCUGGAGGAUGAUGCCGCCGUCGUUAUUGGGUCAUCCAGCGUAACGUCAAGCGGCCUGGCGAGCUCUCCGAACUUCUAGCAGCUUCGUCUCGCUCCUUCUUGCAAUUUCUCUUCGCAUCGAUAGCACGACGACUGUAACGACGAUGAAGACGUCAAUAGUAGACGGGAUCUACGAUUAAUUCUGAGACUUUUGUUUUUUUUUUUUUUUUUAUUAUAUUCUUGUUAUUCUUAUCGUUUCUAUUAAUUGUAAAUAGAUAAGAAGUCAUUAUGUUCAGGGGAGUUCGUGUAUUUUUAAUAUAGAGAUAUUAUUAUUUGCAGUAUUGGAUCAUCGUGAAUCGGUUGUUAUGAUUUAAAUAUUUUAAUAUUUUUAUGUUGUAUAAUAUAUAUAUAUAUAAAUUUAGUCUAAUUUGAGAGUCGUAUUUUGAAAAUAUAAUUAAUCAUGAGAUGUAUUAAGGUUUAUUAAAAAACACGAAUAAAACUUCUAUCACAAAGAAUAUUAAAACGGUAAAAUGAAACGAAAUAAGAGAUUAAUUUUAAUUGCUUAUCUUUAGUUAUUAUAUUUAAUAAAAAAAAAUGAUUCGAAAGACAGAUAUACACGAACUCUUUUUGUAGAAAGUAUCAUAUAGAUUCGUCAUCGUUGCUUCAUUCUUCUUUGCAACUUAUGUAAUCAAUAAGAAAUGUAUGUCACAUAGGAUAUGGCUUAAUAUGUAUUAUAGAAAGCAUAAUCGAUUUUUACCGAAUUACGUCAGAGUCGUCGCUACUGACGUCGCGCCGUACAACACCGUACGCCAAAUGUACGGUAAGAAUCAUUAAUGUGGCACGUUAAUCUUUGAAUAGAUAAUUUCCUCGAUUACGAAGAUUUAAUUUUAUCAGAAAUGAUAACAUACUCGUCCUUAUUACGAUCAUCCACUUUUAAUUAAUUAAAUUUGAAAAUUCUAUGCUACUCUCAAAUUCGAAAAAUAAUUUUUAAGAAAUGGCAAAUUUUCAAGUCUCAAAAAAUUCUAUGCAAUUUAAAUUCUUAAAUUUUUCAACUUCUAAAUUUUUAAUUUGCACGCGCAAACUUUAUAUUGUUAAAUUCUCAAACAUUUUUUCAAAAAUUUAAAAAGAAAUAAGAUUUCAUAAGAAAAUUCGUUGGAAUUUGCGUGCGACAUUAAUGACUUUUACCGCCAUACGUUCGAGCGAUUAACCGAGCAAAAGUCAAUAGCACAACGUGGCUCGGAGUACCCGGAUCCACGGGAUGGUGGAUUUCACGAUGCGCGUGAUCCGUGCUAAUAACUGAGACGAGUGUUAUCAUCAAGGACGUGGAUGGAAGCGCCCUUUCUUUCUUCCCCAUUUCUCUGUCUUUUAUUAUUUAUUUAAGUUGCGUAGGCCGUACGCACGACGAAGUUUUUUCCAUCGACUUCACACAACUGCAGGACGGUUUUUUUUUCAUUUUUUUCUUCUUGUUUUUAGUAGCGUAUGUACGCAUUAAGUUAAUAGAUAUAUAAAUUAUACUUAAGCGUCGUUUUACCUACGAACAAGGACCGUUCGCGUUUUAUUUUUUUUUAUUAAUAUUUUUUAUAUAUAUAUAUAUAUACACAUACAGACACACACAUAUAUAUAUAUAUAUAUAUACAUGUGGCUUUAACGUGCGUUCGUUCAAUUUUACCGCGACAAGAAAGUGAUUUGUAAGAUAAGAAGUUUCCAAGGUUAUUCAUCGAUUUAUAUCAUCGAAAAUAAAUAUUUAUUACGUCUAAUAUCUAAUAAUGAUUAAUUUAAUUAAUGAUAAAUUUUCUUGUAAUAAUUAAUUCUUUUCAAAAAUUGUAAUAAUUUGAGUUGAAGUUUAUAAAAAUUUGAAUGAUUGGAAUCGAAAUUUAGAACAAUUUUGUCAAUUAAAAUUAAAAUUUGAUAACAUUUUAUUGAUAAAAAUAACGCUUCAAUUAGAAAAUCGAUUGAUUUAACUGGUGGAAACUGUCCAUCUGUUCCUAGUGCACAUUGCACAAAAAGAGACGAAAGAAGACGUGCAAAAAGUGAUCGAUUAAGGAUAAGAGAUAGAAUGGCACGUAGGUGUGAUAAAUAUCGCGAUGUGCACGCUUGCUAGUCUGUAAGAAGUUUAGUGAAAGACAUCGAUGAUGACGCGUUAUGCGUCAUCAUAAUCGAGAUUAAAAUAUAAAUUGGACCUUUAACUUGACUUAAAGAAGCUCAAGUCUAAAUUAACUGAAAGGCGCACUUUCAUCGAUAAGAAUAAUUAAGAAUUUAUAUAGAAUGGACGAUCAAUUUUUCGAAGAUUGUAAAAUUCUUAUAAAUUCUUAAAAAAAAAAAAUUAUAUAAAAAAGAAAAUCACUCAUUUCAUUAUGGAUUAAAUUUUGACAAGUAUUUUGCAGGACAAUAAAAAUAAAAAUUUUUUAUUGAUAAUAAUAAAAAAUUAAUAAUCUUUUCGAAAAAUAAUAUUAAGAUUUAAAAAAUUUGUAAUGACCCAUUUCUUGCGUAUUCCAUUUUAAAUUAAAUUGAUUCAUCGAUCAAAUUUAAAAUUGUUUGAUCGUAAGAAUAUUAACGAAAUUGGAACACAUAAUUUCGGCUUUUAUUCGAACUUUAUAUUCUCGAGAAUUAUUUAUAUUUACAAAGUAAUAUGCUUCACAAUACGUGUUACAUUACAGCGAUAGGUUACGAGUGCACGAUCGUUUUUCGUUUCGAUCAUUUUCGAUCGUUGUUCAAAAAAUUCUUGUUGUGCAUAUUUCGAAGAUACGCGAUAUUGUUUUUUUAGUGCCUUGAUUCUUUUUCUUCGCAGAAAUUGUAUAUAAAUAUAAGACUGGAUCUUAUAGAGACAGAACAGAAUGUAUGACUAAAUAUGUUGCAAAUUGAAUAUUUAUAGAAAUAUUUAAAAAAAUUUCUAAAUCCUUGAACUUCAUUCAAUUUGAAAAUAACUUAAUUAUUCGAAGAAUAUACGUAGAUGGUGCACUUUCUCUUUUUUUAAUUUAUUAAAAGCUUUAUUUAAAAGCAUUUUUGUUUAUUUUUAAAAUGAUGAUUAAGGUAUUAAUUAAUUGUUUUAUAUAUAUAUAUUAUAUUUACGAAUUAUCUUAAAUAAUUAUUUAAACAAAUAAUCGAAAUUUUCUUAUGAUAAAUAAGAUCAUAUUUUAAUAUUAAAUAAAAUCCAAAAAAUAAUAGAUUUUUAUUUUUUAAAAUAUCAAAGUCAUUAAAUCAUAACAUCUUUAAUGAUACAUUCUACAUGUUAAACGAUUAGAAUCUAAGUCUCGAUAUGUUCUUUUUUAUCUUAGAACAAUUUAAAUGAUUCUUCAACCGUGUAUAUUGUAUGAAAAGAGAAAAUUAUAUAAAAAGAUCAUCUUAAGAAGAUAUUAAACAAUGCACGGUAGUUAUUGCCAUUUUCUUAAAAUUUUAGUAUCACGUAAAUAUGUUUUAUUAAGAACAGGGUAGAAACAAAUUACAAUUCUUUUUUUUCUUCCGAGCCAUAGAAGACUGCUAAAUUUCACCAAGCUUCAUCCAUGUUUUAUCAUCUUUUAUACUCGUCCAAUCUUUUUACAUCAUGUAUUAUUUCUUUAUAUAUAUAUAUAUGUAUAUACAUAUGUAUAUAUAUAUAUGUGUAUAUAUGUAUAUAUAUAUAUAUAUCUAUAUGUAUAUAUACAACAUUUUGUAUAAGAAAACAUACAUACAGAUAGUUCAAAAUAAUAAUAGAAUGAUUUUUCUUUUCAAUCAAAUUUUGUUGUUAAAAGAUUUUUUAGAUGGAAUCAUAAUGUAUUUAAAACGAAAAAAGUAAAUAAUGAAUAUGCCA